UCUCAGGUUACUUUCUGCUACUACUAAAUUUUUAUUCGUCAUUGUUAGAUGUGAAAUUUUCGUUACGUUAUAAUUUCAAAUACUUUGAAAGAGAACCAGACAGGUGAAUAAUAUAACAAUAUAAAAAGCCAUGGCUGCGGCAGGAAUUGAAGAUGACAUUUAUAUGGGAUAUAAUGAUUAUUCAUCAGUGUAUGACAUCAAUGAGCAGGAUGAAUUAUUUCAGGAGGUUAUUAAAACAAGCAAUGCGAAAAGAUCAGUAUUUACUCCAAAGACACCUGGUAGUGCAAUGCGUUUUGGAACAUCAAGCAGAUUUCAGAGAAGCGGCACUACCACAUCAAUGCAGCCUAUGACUGGUGGGCUUAGACCAAUGACAGCAGUUAGAAGUGCUGGAUAUACCAGCAGUAGUAGACAAACUUUUGAUCCUCUUAACAUGGGUAGCAGUACAAAAGUUCCUGCACCACCAUUAGAAACUAAUAAAGAAGACACGCCAGAAGAAAAAAUAAAAGCUACAGAAAGGAAGAUAAUGAGUCUGAUAGAAAGUUCUGCCGUGUCAGCUUCAGAGAACAAUAUGAGGAUUGCCUUAGAACGCGCGCGUGAAGCUUCCUCAAGAGAAAGAGCCCUUAUACGACUGCAGGAACAAGCUGGUCUCAGUGAUAGUCAUAAUAUAGAUUUGACGUUUGCUGUGUUAUUCAACUUAGCUAUUCAAUAUACAAACAAUGAGAUGUAUACAGAAGCUAUAGCGACUUAUCAGGCUAUAACAAGGAACAGAAUGUUCAGCAAUAGUGCCAGGCUUAAAGUCAAUAUGGGUAAUAUUUACGUGAAAAUAGGACAACUAUCUCAGGCUAUUAAAAUGUACAGAAUGGCAUUUGAUCAAGCCCCGACUGUUCAUAAAGAUCUAAGAAUAAAAAUAAUGCAUAACAUGGCGAUGUUGUUUGUACAAAUGGGUCGAUUAGAAGAAGCAGCUAAUAGUUUUGAAUGGGUGAUGAGAGAAAGAUCCGAAUUUAAAGCAGGUUUGCACACCGUUUUGUGUCAUUUCGCGUUAUCUCAUCGUGAUAAGAUGAAAAGAGCGUUUUUUGAAUUAUUAGAGGUACAACUUAACGUAGAUCAAGAAGACAAGUACAGUAUGAAUCCCGACGACGCUGCAUCCAAUAUAUUGAAUGAAGUUAUAAAAAAUGACGAUUUAUCAAAGCUAGAAAAAGAAAUGAAAUUAGAAGCUGAGAAGACUAUACUUUGUGCAGCGAAACUUAUAGCGCCUGUUAUUGAGGAUACUCUCACAGCUGGAUUCGCCUGGUGUGUUGACGCCAUAAAAUCUUCGGCUUAUAGUUUCUUAGCUGCAGAUUUAGAAAUAAACAAGGCCAUGGUAUUUUUACUUAACCGAGAAACUCAACUGGCCAUAGAUACAUUAAAAAUGUUCGAAAAUCGUGACACUAAAGCUAACAGUGCAGCAGCAACUAUGCUUUCGUUCAUCUAUUAUUUGCAGGGAGAUUAUGAUCAAGCGGAGAAAUAUGGUGAAGCAGCUCGUAAUUCUGAUGCUUACAAUGCAGCAGCCUAUGUUAAUUUAUCAGCUUGUGCAAUUAAAAAAGAUGAAUUUAAUAUCGCCAGAGAGUUGCUCUUAUGUGCAUUGGAAACAGAUGCAAGUCAUGUACAAGCUUUGUACAAUCUAGGUUUAGUUUACAAAAAACAGAACAUGUACGAAGAGGCUUUAGAGUGCUUUUGGAAAGUCCGUAACAUUGUUAGACAUGAUCCGGAAACGUUAUAUCAGCUUGGUCAUUUGUAUCAGCUGAUGAAUGAUGCCGAUCAAGCGUCUGAAUGGUAUAAUCAGUUGUUAGGUAUAAUAUCAUCUGAUCCGGGAGUUUUGCAAAAGUUAGGGGAAAUGUACGAUUCAAUGGGAGAUAAGCAACAAGCAUUUCAGUUUUACAGCGAUUCUCACAGAUUUUUUCCUGCCAAUUUUGAAGUGAUAGAUUGGCUGGGAUCCUAUUUCAUAUCGAUGCAGGUUGCUGAAAAGGCUUUAACUUAUUUCGAAAAAGCGGUAGAACUCGCACCGGACGAACCCAGAUGGAGAUUAUUGGUUGCCGCAUGUUUAAGACGCAUUGGUCAAUUUCAUAAAGCUCUAACGGAGUAUCAAAACAUUCACAAUAAAUUCCCAGAUAACAUAGAAUGCCUGAAAUUUUUAGUUAGGCUAUGUAGCGACUUGGGUUUGAAAGAAGCGCAGAUAUAUGCAGCUGAAUUAAAGAAAGCUGAGAAAGUUAAAGAACUAAAAGAAAGACAAGGGUCAGCAAGGCCAGGCACGACAGGAUCUCGGAAGAGUAAUAGCGGGACAUCAUCGCGAGCUGGCUCAGGACUAAGUGUAAUGUCAGAUCAUAGGCCAAGUCCGGAUCGACGACCAAUUGCAGACCGAAAUGAUUAUCAAGGUGUGAAUUACGUAGAUCCUGUAGGACCUCUCCCUACGCGUCCAAUGACAGCGGCUGGGAAACGAGACGACGAUUUUGGUGACGAGGAACUUGGGGAUGAUCUCCUUCCCGAGUGAUAAUAUCGUGUCUGUAUGAGUGUUGUAUAGUUUUAUAUAUUCUUUAACGAAAGUAGAGGACAUGCACGGUAAGUAAAAUAAUACCAUAACUAAAAAAAAAAAAAAUAAUUACCACGAUUUUUAUGGUGCUAUUUGAGCCUGAAUGCACCACAUUAAUUAUAUUUUUAUUUUAUAUGCAUUCGUCUUGAAAAAGAAGUAAGAAAAGUUGAUAAAAAUAUGAUUCGUUUAAUAAUAUUGUUUUUGAUAAACUUGUAGUAUUAUACGUUUAUACGUGUAAUCAUUAUUUACUUUACACGCAACAUUUCUCUGUCAUAAUAAUCUAAACGUGUAGAUUUAAUUUUGCGUGUAUCAACAUCCUCAACGUUGCAAUAAAGUUUAUCACUGAGAAAUGAUUAUCUAACAUGGAUACUGUGAACUGGUGUAUAAUUUAUUAAUAUAAUACUUAUAAUAUUCAAUACUUUUUAUGAUUAUAGAUUAUAGAUUAAUGAGAUGGGGGGGAGUCAUUGGAUCAAGUGAUUUCAAAUGCUGUACUUUUGAGUGGCCAGCCGACCACUCAAAACCAAGUACGAGUUGAUCGCGUUUGACAUCUCUUAUUAACCUUAUGUCAGUCAAUGCCCUUGUUCACGGAAUUCCUUUAUCACAUAUUGCGUGUUAUAGAAUUACAGAAUUGUCGCCAAUUAUAUAUACGCCGCAUGAAUAUAUCGUUUAUCUUUCUCCAUCCUC